GUUUUGGAUGGGAUGAACUCAAGAACGAAUCCGUCGUCCAGGGCAUCCAGGAGCAGGAGCAUGGAGUAUCCAUGGGAGCAGUACACGCUCAAGGAGAUCCUGCAGGCGACCAACAACUUCAACGAGAGCAACAAGCUCGGCGAGGGCGGCUUCGGCACCGUCUACUGGGGCCGCACCUCCAAGGGCGUCGAGAUCGCGGUGAAGCGGCUGAAGGCGAUGACGGCCAAGGCGGAGAUGGAGUUCGCCAUCGAGGUGGAGAUCCUUGGCCGGGUCCGCCACAAGAAUCUGCUCAGCCUCCGCGGCUUCUACGCCGGCGGCGACGAGCGCCUCAUCGUCUACGACUACAUGCCCAACCACAGCCUCCUCACCCACCUCCACCCCCACCGCGGCACCCCCGCCUCCCAGCAGCAUCAACCCCUCGACUGGCCACGACGCGUCGCCAUCGCCAUCGGAGCCGCCGAGGGCCUCGCGUACUUGCACCACGAGGCGAACCCGCACAUAAUCCAUCGUGACAUCAAGGCGAGCAACGUGCUGCUGGACGCGGAGUUCGUGCCCAAGGUCGCCGACUUCGGGUUCGCCAAGCUCAUCCCGGACGGCGUGUCGCACCUGACGACGCGGGUGAAAGGCACUCUGGGCUACCUGGCGCCGGAGUACGCCAUGUGGGGGAAGGUCUCCGAGAGCUGCGACGUCUACAGCUUCGGCGUGCUGCUGCUGGAGCUCGUCAGCGCGCGCCGCCCGCUCGAGAAGCUGCCGGGCGGCGUCAAGCGUGAGAUCGUGCAGUGGGCGGCGCCCCUAGUGGAGCGCCGCAAGUGGGAGCGCCUCGCGGACCCGCGCCUCGCCGGCCGAUUCGACGCGCAGCAGCUCCGCGCCGUGGUCGAGGCCGCCAUGCUGUGCACCCAGAGCAACGCCGAGAGCCGGCCGGCCAUGGCCGAGGUGGUGGAGAUGCUCAAGUUCGACGGCGAGCGGCGUACCAAGGAGAUCGUCCCGGUAGCGGCCGCGAGCAGCGGGGAGACCACGGACAUGGACGACGUCACCGGCAGCAGCGAGCCGCUGGACAGGCGGAGCUGGAAGCUGACCAGGCUGAGGUGAUUGAUCGUCCAUUGAUUCAUGCAUGCAUCACCGAACCAAGGCAUGCAAUUGAGAUGCAAAAUGAUUAGUAGUGAUUAGAUUGCAUUGUUAAUUGAUUAGCGCAUGCAAUUGGUGGUAAUGGUGUUCGGUGCGAGAAAUCAAGAGUUGUUAAUCUUCUCGGCCUGCAAAGUUUUGUUUGCUUGCGCCGUGGGGUAGUUGCAUUUGCUUCUUGUUCGAUAAUAUAUGGGAGGUAGCAGAUGUGCAGAAAUGAUUAAGGGUCAAGUCAACCUUUGUUCUCUACAUACUUUGGUUUAAUUUAUGCAAUGCCGGAGGUUGUUUGUAAGGAGUCGAGUUUGAUACACUGUGGAACAGAUGAGUGGGCACAUGCAAUGGCUGCUUGGUUAAUGGUCUUUUGCAGUUUU